ACAACUAUGUCUAAGUUAGGUGAACGUGUACAUGAGUGUGGGUUAAAAUGUUCGCCUGCUGGCUCGGUUACGGUUACUGAAUGAACGUCAUUUCAGUCUGGUGUCAUUUAUUAGAAGAUCGGGAACAGAAAUGGCAGGAGAAAUGUCUAUAAUCGGCUCUGUGAUCCUGGCGUUAUUCCUCGCUGGAUAUCUGGGACAGCAGUACCUGCCUCCUCCUAAACCCCGAGUCAUCGGGCUCGAUCUCGGGACGACGUUCUGCUCGGUGGCGGUCUUCCAGCCAGGGACGGGGGACGUCGAGGUGAUCGCAGACGAGAAGGGUAGAAAAAGCAUCCCGAGCGUGGUGUCCUUCACCCCGACCGGCGUCUACAUCGGCCACGAAGGACAGGAGCUGGCCGACAUCAACCCGCAGAACACGGUUUACGACGCCAAGCGCUUCAUCGGCAAGAUUUUCGACCAGGCGACGCUGGAGCAGGAAAGCGCUCGCUACCCCUUCAAGGUCGUGUUGAAUAACGGCAGUGCCGAGUUCCUGCUCAACGCAAACGGCACGUUCAGCGUCAGCCCAGAGUUCAUCGGCUCUCGGCUCCUGUUAAAGAUGAAGAAAAUGGCGGAGAGGCACCUCGGGGUUCUCAUCGACAAGGCGGUGAUCUCCGUGCCGGCGGAGUUCGACGAGAGGCAGAGGAACUACACCAUCCGGGCUGCCAGUUUAGCAGGUCUGGACAUCUUGAGGGUCAUUAACGAGCCCACGGCAGCGGCGAUGGCGUACGGCCUUCAUAAAGUUGAUGUGUUUAACGUUCUGGUGGUGGAUCUGGGAGGAGGAACGCUGGACGUUUCUCUGCUCAAUAAGCAGGGUGGGAUGUUCCUCACCCGGGCCAUGGCAGGAAACAACAAGUUAGGAGGCCAGGACUUUAGCCAGCGUCUCUUCCAGCACGUCAGAGAGCGAGUGCUUCAGCAGUACGGCGUCGCCCCGGCAUUAAAGGAGGACAUCCAGCGUCUGCGUCAGGCUGUAGAAGAAGCCAAACUCGGCCUGACCACCAACACCAGUGUCUCCAUUGAAGUCCCGCUCCGUCUCCAAACCGUAGGGGCGCAGGAGGAGCUCGUCACCUUUAAGCAGCACCUCAGCCGCCAGCUCUUCGAGGAACUCAACGCCGAUCUGUUCCAGAAGAUCCUGACCCCCAUCAAGAGGGUCCUAACAGAGGGACGUCUGGGAAAAGACGAGGUGGACGAGGUGGUGCUGGUGGGAGGGUCCACGAGGAUCCCCCGGGUUCGUCAGAUCAUCAGCGAGUACUUCGGGAAGGAGGUGAACACACGCGUGGACCCGGACCUGGCCGUGGUGACAGGCGUGGCGCUGCAGGCGGGCAUCAUGGGGGGAUCGUGGCCUCUACAGGUAAGCGCCCUCGAGAUCCCAAACAGACACCUGCGCAAAACCAACUUCAGCUGAGACGCAGCAGGAGGAACAUCAGCGGGAAGAACUCGAGAGACUUUUCCCAAGUCGCGAAGGUGGUUUUCAGUUUUUCCAACAUUUUGCCCAACGUUCUUUAUUCGCUAUUUACACGUCAACUAACGCAAUAGGAGCUUCAUCUUCUCUCUUUCAGCCACUGGGAUUGAACCACACGGGCUGGUUAAGAGAACAGGUUAUCCUUUUAAUAUAACAGGUGGAGAUGUUCCACUCACAUGUCUGAAGCUCAUGAGAAGGUGCUCAUCAUCUAACAAAAAAAAUGUAUAAAUAUUAUUGGGACCAAACUGUGGGAUUUUUCUACAGAAGCUCACUCGGGGUCUGUACUUCAUGAUGUACAUGUCAUUUGGCCAAAAAAAAAAAAAAGAUUUACUUUUCUUUUUUUUUCAAAUCUGAACCCAAUGUUCUCUCGUUCUUCUGGCUUUCUGAACGAGUUUGGACCUGCGACGUUCACGAGGGUCUCUCAGGAACGCACCUUUUAGCGUUCAUUUCCAUAGGAGCUUCGCUAGGAAGAGUGGAAGCCAAUCAAAGGUUAAACGGAUGGGGUACCAAUAAUUAUUUACACCGAGGUUAGGAGAAAAAUCCACACCUUAAAGUUAAAUGGGUAUUUAUUUAUUUAUUUAACUCUUCUGUCUGCUAUUGGCUACUUUUGUGAGCCGCCAUGUUUAGUUUUUUUUAUUAUAUUUCUUUGGAAUCUUUUCUUUCUUCCUUUUUUUUAACUUUUUUUUUAAACUUUUUUUAACUUACAAUUGAAAUACAAAUCUUCUUUUUUUUUUUUUUUUUUAUUUAAUAUUGAAAGCAGAAAACAUUUAUUUUUUGUAUUAAUUUAAUUUAAACGAAUGGACGCAUAGUAAAGUUUUUUUACUAAACAAAUGGAGUAAAUUUUUAUUUAUUUAUUUUUUUAAUUCAACUUUUUCUAAUUGAAAAAAAUCUCCAACUUGGGUGUUCAUGCCGUCUCUCAGACUCAGCAAACGUACAGUUAUUUCAGAGGGAGAAAAAAACCCCACACACCUCGUGUCCAAUUAGGUACUUUUUACUUUUACUUUUACAUGUUUGUUAUAUUUAUCACAUCUUUGUAUCGUGUCUGACAUUUCAAGUUUAGAAGGAAAAUGUUGCACUUUAAAAUACAGGCGAAUAAUAAAAAAACAAAACGUC